AUGUAUGAACAUUGCGUUGCCCAUGUUAGUGCACGUGAAGAGUCUUACGCGGUGUUAAGCCAUUGGAUCUUUGGGAUGAAUGAGAUGGAAGGUGGUGACUUGGUUUGUAUUACUAGAAGAGAUUUGACACCGAUGAAGAAGAUGUGUUGGGUUAUUAUAAGUCACCAUGGUAAGUUUUUCAAGCUUUUUUCCGUACCUCAAAUCAAUAUAGAUGAUGAAAACACCAAUGAAGAAGAUGUGUUGGGUUAUUACAAGUCAUGGAAUCACAUCAUUGGUGGAGGUCUCACCAAAUAUUAG